AUGCGCGAGGACAGCGAGCUGGUGCACACCCCCAUAUCCAUAGACACCUACUCCGCCCGCGUCGCCGCCGCGGCUGCUGCUGAGGGCGCUGACGUCAUCAACGACAUCUCGGGGGGCGCGGUCGACCCGGAGAUGCUGCCCACCGCCGCGGCGCUCGGCCUGCCGAUCGUGCUCAUGCACAUGCGCGGGGAUAUGGACACGAUGUGGUCCCAGGAGAGCACAACAUACGGCACGUCAGUAGCGCUGGAGGUCGGCUGCGAGCUCGCAGCCCGAGCAGAGGCCGCCAUGGCCGCCGGCAUCCCUGCCUUCCACCUGAUCCUUGACCCCGGCCUGGGGUUCUCCAAGACGCAGCGCCAGAGCGCGGAGCUGCUGGGGGCGCUGCGGGAGAUGCGGGCUGCGGCGCUGCCGGGCGUGCUGGGGCGGCUGCCGCUGCUGGUGGGGCCGUCGAGGAAGCGCUUCAUCGGGUCCAUCACAGGCCGCGAGGACCCGAAGGACCGGGACCUGGGGACAGCGGCGGCCUGCGUGGUCGCGGCGGCGCAGGGCGCUGAGAUCAUGCGCGUGCACAACGUGGCCAUGGCGCGCGAGGCGCUGCGCGUCGUUGACUGCGUGUACCGCGGCACGCCGCUGGUGCGGCUCGAGUCGACGGCGGCGGCGUUCCCGGUGCACCCGGGGCGCAGCGGGGUAGCGUGA